AUGGUGCUGGACAGGAUUUUAGGGACUGCACUAAUAGAUAUGUAUGCCAAGUGUGGUUGCAUUGAGAAUGCAUUGAAAGUGUUUGAUGAGAUGACGGAGAGAGAUGUUUUUGCCUACACACCCAUGAUUUCAGGGUUAUCAAAUCAUGGUCACAGUGAGAAGGUGAUUGAAUUGUUUGAUAGCAUGGAAAAUGAAGGUGUUAGGCCGAAUGAGGUGACUUUCAUUUGUGUUCUCAGUGCUAGUAGUCAGAUGGGUCCGGUGGAUCGAGGAAGACAAAUUUUUGACAGCAUGAGUAGAGUUUAUGGUAUUCAGCCGAGAGUUGAGCAUUAUAGAGCCUUUGUAGACCUUUUGAACCGAGCGGGAUUACUGGAGGAAGCAAGGAGGAUUGUCCUCGAGAUGCCUAUGGAGCCUGACCCAUAUGUUUUGGGAGCCUUGUUAAAUGCUUGCAGGGUGCAUAGAGAGGUGGAAUUGGGCAAAGAAACUGUAGAAAGUCUAGUGAAACUGGGAAUUAAUCAUAGUGGUGUUCUUAGGAUUGUUAAAUGCUUGUUGGUGUUGUUUCCAUUGGAUGAAUAUUAA